AUGUCAAAUUCAACCCCAACAAAGCCAAGGAAACGUUUUAUAGGCCGGGCAAAUGCUAAGAAAAUACGAGAACGGGAGAACUUACAAGAGAGUCAUGUGGGAAAUAUUGAAGAUAGUAUUACGCUAGUUCGCGAGACGCCACCGAGACGACACAGAGCUGUCAACCAAAUUCCUACUGAGAUACUCGAUGACCCCCUUCUAAAUAAAGCCAUUGAACAGCUUCCCUCGAAUUAUAAUUUCGAGCUUCAUAAGACAAUCUGGCAUGUCAAGCAAUCAAAUGCAAUCAAAGUUGCUCUUCAACUUCCCGAAGGUCUUCUUAUGUUUGCCUGUAUAAUUGCAGACAUUCUCGAGCAAUUCUGUGGAGUAGAGACAUUAAUCAUGGGUGAUGUCACGUAUGGUGCAUGCUGCAUCGAUGAUUUUACGGCGAAAGCUCUAGAAUGUGAUUUUAUGGUUCAUUACGGGCAUAGCUGUCUAAUACCUGUGGACGUAACCACAGUGAAGACUUUGUACGUCUUCGUAGAUAUUGGAAUAGAUACUCAACAUUUUAUUGAUACCAUCUGCAAGAAUUUUGAGGCAGGGAAAGAAUUGGCUAUUGUUGGUACCGUGCAAUUUGUCUCCUCAAUACACGCUGUUAAGAGAGUACUCGAGCAAGAUUAUAAACUUGUUGUCCCACAAUCUAAACCUCUUUCUCCUGGUGAAAUCCUUGGAUGUACUUCGCCGAAGUUGGACAAACUGGAUGCCUUAAUAUAUCUUGGUGAUGGGAGGUUUCACCUCGAAUCUAUUAUGAUAGCAAAUCCGGACGUUCCUGCCUUUCGGUACGACCCGUACUCAAAGAAGUUUACCCGUGAAUAUUAUGAUCAUGCUGAUAUGCAUUCCUUACGUAAGCAUGCUAUUGAAAUUGCCAAAAAAGCCAAAAAGUUUGGCCUAAUCCUGGGAACAUUGGGGAGACAAGGAAGCCCCAAAGUCAUGGAGCACCUUGAAGAGAGACUAAAUUCAAAAAAUAUACCAUAUGUUUGUGUGCUACUGUCUGAGAUAUUCCCCGAUAAGUUGACACAAUUCACAGAUAUAGAUGCAUGGAUUCAAAUUGCCUGCCCCAGACUUUCUAUUGAUUGGGGCUAUGCAUUCACCAAACCCUUGCUAAAUCCAUAUGAAGUAUCAGUUGCACUGGAGUCUGUAGAGUGGCAAAAAUCCUAUCCUAUGGACUUCUAUGCAAAUGACAGCUUAGGUCCUUGGACACCAAAUCAUGGGAAAAAAC